CAGAACAAAAUAAUUUGGUCCUCAUACAAACGGGGCAACAGGAAAUGUGUACAUUGGAUCCUAUACGUCUUGUUCAUAUUCUUUCAAACAUUCAGGCCAAUAUGGCUGCCAGUCGUGGUCACAGUGAAGACUUGAAGACUCUAGGCCUGACAGUCUCUUCGCACUCAAGAGGUGACUUCACCAGAGCAGGGCUGAGUGGUUGGGCUAUGCUGUACGGCACUAGGCAGCCCAGCUCAGGCAAGGGAAGAACGGCCAAAUCCCCCGAAUAAUCCCCUACUGCCAUCCACUCACCCUCUCACCUGGAUCUACCUGCGGAGAAAAACUUGGAGACCCUAUUACGGCACUCUCUGUUCAAUGACGAUUCAGACAGUUUAGUGGAAGUGUGCAUCGACUACGUUUGCCUGCCUGUUCUCUGAAGGUUUGUCUUCCUGACGGGGAAACAUUCAUUAGGAAGGGUCGCUUCUUAAAGUCACCAUUCCUAUUUCUUCUGGACGUUUGGCCCCCCAAGCCUCCACCACGCUCAGAAAGGACACUUCUGUUGACCGUUGCCGUGGGGAUAAGGGGGGGGUCUCUGCGGCAAUGAAGCUGCAGGCUGUAAUGGAGAACCUGCACCGGCAGCAGAGGGCCAAGCUGCAGAUGGAACUGGAACAGCAGCAGCUGCAACAGGCUGGCCAAUCACAGGUGCGGCACACCCCCCCAGCCAAUACCAAAGGCCUGGGGGAGGAGUCAGGCAGCAGCCCCGCCCCGGAGGCGGAGCAAGCACAGAUGGCAGCACUGGAGGCCAUGCGGGCCGUGGCAGCUGGGCUACAGAGACACCCCGACAGCCCCCUGUCGGAGAACAGCAGUGUGGGCGAGGAGGAGGAUGAGGACGGAGAGGAUCAGUACAAAGACAUGAUGGGCUCGGAGGAGGAGGAGCACAUAAAGCAGAAGUGGGACGAGGAGGACUUCGAGGGCGAGAUGGAGGAGGACUACGACGACGAGCUGGCGGACGAGGGGGUGCCGGUGGGCAGGGAGGGGGUGCCAGGCAAGGGGGUGCUCCUGCAGCCCCGCCGGCAGCUGCACCCCCACUCCCAGCUGCUGAAAGCCCGGCCCGUCGGAGACCAGGAGGCGCGGGUGCCUGCCCUGCCCCCGCAGGGCUCCCACAGCCAGCUGGGCGGCCAGGACCAUGGGGACUGGACCUACGAAGAGCAAUUCAGACAGCUGUACGAACUGGAUGGAGACCCAAAGAGGAAAGAGUUCCUGGAUGACCUGUUCAGCUUCAUGCAGAAGAGGGGAACUCCGGUCAAUCGGAUCCCCAUCAUGGCCAAGCAGGUGCUGGACCUAUACAUGCUGUACCAGCUGGUGACGGAAAAGGGGGGGCUUGUUGAGGUCAUCAACAAGAAGCUGUGGAGAGAGAUCACCAAGGGACUCAACCUCCCUACCUCAAUAACCAGCGCGGCCUUCACUCUCAGGACACAAUACAUGAAGUACCUGUACCCUUACGAAUGUGACAAGAGGGGCCUGAGCAACCCCAACGAGCUCCAGGCCGCCAUCGACAGCAACAGGCGGGAGGGCCGGCGGCAGGGCUUCGGGGGCACGCUCUUCACCUACUCGCCCAACGGGACGCCCACCAUGCUGUCUUCUCCCAAGCUGUCGGUGCCCAACCUGGGCAUCGCCAUGACCACCAACGGGGCUCCACUCACGCCCAUCCAAAAGAUCAAGAAAGAAGAGGAAGGCGGCAUCCCCCUGGCGGUGCCAGGCAGGAUGCCCGUGGCCCUCGCCGGGCACUCGGUGGUGGCGGCGCAGGCGGCGGCGGUGCAGGCGGCGGCGGCCCAGGCGGCCAUGGCGGCCCAGGUGGCGGCGCUGGAGCAGCUGCGCGACAAGCUGGAGUUGGGCGAGCCGCCGGAGAAGAAGAUGGCAGUGCCCUCGGAGGAGCAGCAGAGGCUGAUGCACAGGGCGCUGCAGCAGAACCUGCUGGCCAUGACGGGGCAGGUGCCCAUGAGCAUCCGCAUCAACCACCAAGAGGGCAGACAGGACUCCGCACUGAAUCUCACAACCAACGGCCUCAACAGCAUCAGCAUGUCUGUGGAGCUCAAUGGUGUUGUCUACACGGGUGUGCUUUUUGCACAGGCAGCAGGGUCGGGCCCGUCAGGAUCACUGGGCUCUAGUAACAGCAAAACCCCAAGCGGGCGCAGUGGGGCCCAGCCAGUCCCAAAGACACCUACCUCAUCCUCCUCCGGCAACCCUUCGCCUUAGCAACCACGGGCCUCCCCUUACAUGAAGCUAACCAAAGCCAAACCGGAAAGAAACCUCAUUUCUUAGAGUAGCCAACGCCAAAAAGAAAGGAAAAAGACGAAAAAGAGUGGGGGGAAUAAAAAAACCAGACCACUUGAAGUACACUAUCUCAGGUUCUCUAGCCCGCUGUAGGGUUUUUUAAUUUUUACUUUCCGAUUUGUUGUCGUUUCUUUUAAAAUCUUUUUUCAGCAGCCAAGACAGCCGAAAAUAUAACAAAAGGAGCCAGUAUGUUAUAGAUGUAAAUGCACAGCCUGUGAAUAAUUUAUUUCCUCUCCAGAAAUGUACAGAUUUCCUGAGAACAAAAAGAAAAUGAAAGGAAGGUAAAAUGCACUGUUUACACAAUUUUACUGACAAUGAAGCUUCUCAUAAAUUCAAGGGGAAAAGUGAAUUUAAUUUUUUUAUCUUAUUAUUGUUAUUAACCAUAUACAUUGAAAAAAAUAUAUAGGGUUUUAAAGAAAGAAAAUUGUAAAUAUCUUCUAUUUUAUUCUAGAAAGUUAAAAGAAGCUUUAAAGUAUAUUUUAUUUCUUCAGGGCAAAGUAAAAAGCACCAAUGUGACCUCAAAGUUUAGACCUUUGUUUUCCCUCAUGUGAUACACUUUCACGUUUCAUCAGAUGAUAUUGUUACAACACAGGUGGUCAGUAGAGGAGUUAGGCCUGUGGGCCUAACUCUUGUACAGACUCAAAGAGAACCGCUCCGUUUCCUCGUCAUUUUUUUUCCAGAGAGUUUAUUUUUUUGGGGGUGGGGGGAUAGGGGUGCUUAUUUAGGCCCCUUCAUCUCAGGUUCUGAAUCGUAUUCACGGCAACAAUUAUUUUCCUUACUCUAGCCCAGCAAUUGCAUCCAAAGGCCUCGUCUUUAUCCCACGCUCUGCUGUGUUCAGCUUUUCCUUGGUCCCUGUUUCUGAGCAAACUGAACUGCAAAUGUGGGGCCUUUUGGUAACUUUGGUAGUAAUGGCCUUCCCUGAAAAUGAGGGAUGGGCCUUAGAUCCUUGAAGAUCAUCUUUCUAAAUCAAGCUUUCCCACUCAUUAAUGGUAAAGGUAAUUCCACAAGGCUUCUGUCUGGGAUGGGGGUGGUUUCUGUUGGGCCAGCAAACACUCCAAUCAUCAAGGCACUGGAGUUAAAUGGGCACAGACAGGUUGCUGAGUGGAGUGGAUGCUGCCUCCAUUGACCCUAGAGAUGGUCAUUGAAAUCACAUGGCUUCUGUCCUGUUGCAGUGUGUAAAGAAAGUGUGUGUGUGACCCAUGUCAGCUUGGCAGUACCAUAGCAUGUAAGCCAGGAUGAAAACAUACUUUUUACAUUUCUGUGAUGUCCUUUGUGGGGGGGGGAGCCUCCCACUCACCCACUCACCUCGGUGCUGUUAAUUGCGACAUCUAGCAGUCUGCUUUCGCGAGCGACAAUAACCAGGUCAGACUCAAGAAUGCAGACUCUGCUCCCUCAGCUGUAGAGUAUCUGUUAGCAUUGGCAGCAGUGGGAAGCUCAAGGCUCACUUCCUGGUACAGCACAGAGGCAGUACUAGAGAAGACCGAUUCCUGCCAGGGAUGCCAAUUGCCACUAAAGCCAGCAGUAUUUUUUGCGUUCUGGGCAGGGGAGCAGAUUCUAGUCUGAAAUGCAACAUGUUCAUUUGAGGCAGGAGGUCAGGUUCUCCUGCUGUUUUUGUGUUGCCAGAUAUUUUUUCUUUGGGCUUGGAAAAUGUCGAAAGGCUUUUUCCCCAAGGGGGAGGUCUUUCCGUCUUCUUGUAGCUGCUUGUAUUUUACAGGCCGUAAAAACGAGAUCCAUCCUGUAGAAGUACAUUGCAAUUUAGUUCACCAGCCUAGCUGGCGAGCCCUUCAGAAAUACCUCAUUCUUAUUCACCACUACUAACCCACAACACUACGCACCAAGCAGAAUCUCAGCUAUGCAGCGGUGGGCAAGUACAAGGGCCCAGCUGCUGCAGUAGCUCCCUUUAGAAGCUCCACCAAAUGUUUGCAUUUCCGUCUCUCUGUUUACUUAUCCAGUGAGAAGUUGUGACCCUCCCAGGAGAUGAAAGCAGGUUAUUGAUCAUUUAUAUUAGCACAGUAGAUGAAUGACUAUCAUAAUACCAGAUUGACGGGACUUUGAAACUCAUGUCCCUGAUGCUGGCUCUUGAGAAAAGUUUAUAAGGCUCAAUAUAAUUCGGGAGCUUUAGAGGAAUGUUUAAAUAUUAAAGUGAGGUAUGGCUGAGCUGAUUUUGCGCUCUACAAGAGCUAGCAGGAGCAGAAUGGGGCUAUAGAGAGCAAUGGCCGCAUCUAGAUUUGUGUGCAUUUGUUUUUAAUCAGCUAUGUUAAUUCUGACCUUGCUGCUAUUACUUGAUUUGUAUAGCAUAUGCAAAAUAUUGCCUGAGUUUGAUUGUAACUUGGAGUCGUCUUGUGCAGCCCUAGUUUUGCAAUACGUGGUAUUGGAGAGCAGUCUUUGUCACUGUACACUGUCCCUUAGCCUUUUCUUAAUACAGGCACAUUGUCAAGGGGAUUGAAAUCUAGCUGGGUUUUACAGUGCAGACAACAGAGCAUCAUUUCCGUUUUCAUCUGUCGGUAGCCUCUCCCUCACAUGUCAUUGAGCUCUGGCUUCAUGGAAGUCCUACAUACACUGGUAAGAUAAAAUGUUGGCCAUUAAGUUAUUUCUAUAUGGCUUGGUAUGGUAUCCUAUACAUUGUUCUCUUCCAUAACUAUAUAUACCACUAGUGUGUGUUCUAAGCACUUAUAUUGAGAGGCAAUACAGCACAACCAAUGCUGCUGGUUCGAUGUCGUUUGGAGUUUUUAAUGCCUCUCAGUAUAGAAAGAUGACACAUUCCUAUACCUUGCCUAUGAGCUUUGACUUUUUGAGGAUUUCCUCUCCACUCCAAAUACUGGAUUAACACGGCACAAAGCUCAGCCUGUGGGACUAUCAGUGUGAGAGUGUAGGCUGGCUGUUCCUCAGAGCAGCCAUACAUUAGCCCUCUGCCACACAAUUACCAAACCAUAAAUGUCUGGCUGAGUACUGCAUUAUUCAACACUGAUGUCUGCAUGGAUUGAGGGUAAUGUCGGAACUGAAGAUUUAGCGGCAUUUAUUUGAUCAGUCUUGGUCAAAGGGACUGGUGAGGUACAGGGAUGUUUGCAGCAGUAAUAGAUUCUGACUGAAUAAAAACACGAGGUUUACUCUCCCCCCCAAGAUUCUUCUGUUCCUUCUGCACAGGUUACACUGGACUGGAAGGCAGAAGUUCUGAAUUGGUUACAUCAUCCUGUUCUUUCCUUUCACCUGUUACAUGAAAUCAAGCCAAAAAUGCCUCCUGUUUCCCAGUGGGAUUUCCUUAAUCCAGAUGUGCAUCGUUUAUUCUGACAGACGGGUCUUUUGGAUCUAGGUGUGGAUUAAACCAAAAUUUCAACUAGCCAGCUGCCCGACCCAAAUUCUGAAUGCAGUAUCUGAGGUAACAUGAGGGGCUGCUUGCUUCUCCGCAAUAUCCACCGAUCAUCAGAUCCCGGGUUUGUAAUUUGUGAGUGGCAAUGAGAUGGAGGUUUGGUUUUUAGGCCAGAUCUUUGGGUGAAAAAAUUGGGCUUAUAAAUCGAGCAGUAUUUCUUGACGAGCUUCUGAUUUGUUGAGGAUGGGACGUGUAGCCCUGCAGUUGGAACCCAACUGAUGUGGUUUCCUUGAAUUUGUCCUCUCCCCGAGUCCACAUAACCACUCUUUUUGGAAUUGCGCCCUCUUGGCUUUUAGUCUUGCAAACCUUUUGUAGAACAUGGAGUAAUCAAACCCCACCACUGGGCAGGAGAUGUUUUAGUGGGUAGAAGGUUUUGCACCGUUCUGAAGGAGAGAUUUCAAAGUUUUUCAAAGAACUGAACUCUUUGUCCUGCUCACUGGCACCACCUUCUGAGCACAGUGUCUGCUAACGGACUGUGUAAACCUUGAUGGCAAUGUGUAGUUAAAAAAAAAAACAGAAGUAACUUGCAUCAUAUUAUUUAGUAUGCUUUCAGUCACCCCAUACUUAAAUUCAAUGCUUUUUUUAGUGUGUUUUUGUAUGCUGAUCACGGUAGUAUAAACUCGCAAUCUGCGAAUGCAGUUGGUUAGCCCGCUGACUUACAAAGAUUGAGACAUCCUUGAAGCUUGAAAGCCAUUCUAUGCAAGUGCAGUUUUAUCAGUCAUUGUAGACAAUCUGUACUGGUCAAAUGGCACAUCUUGGCAUGCCAUCAGGUGUUUCAUUUUGUUAGUUUGUACCAAUUACUAUUUAAAUUUCUAACAUGAUGUGGAGUUAAAUAUAUACUUUGCUUUUGUUUUAAGUUAUGUCAUUUUAAAACUGCAGAAAUGCAAUAUCUGUUAUGGGUUGAUUUGUGUGUUUUCAACAAAUUUGAAUUUGCUGUAUUUGUGUGUGUAUUGGGACGAUUGUGUAUGUAUUUUGCAAUAUAUGCUGUCAUGUCUUUGUAUAUGUGUAGGUAUCAGUUUAAGUAGUGUUGGGGGGGAGGUUAUGUUUAAGAGGGUGGUUUUGUGAGACUAUGGGUUUUAGAUAGUUGUGUAAGUGUGAUAUAAGCUGAAAUAUUUAUUUUCCUACUCUGCCCGCAGUUUUAAGAUUUUGGUUUAAAACUCAUGUGCAAACUAACUUGAACUUGAGAAUAUGUUUCCCUUUGGAAGACGGACAAUUAAAAUGAGUGGCAAUACCCUUCACAUCCCAUCUAGAAAAUGGUCAAGCAUCAUUUUUCAUUAAAUGUAAUACUAAAUAGAAUGCCUCUUCCAGAGUGCUAUUGAAAGCUGUCACAUGCAUUUGUUGCAAAUUGGUAGCAAUAAACAUGCAGUGCUGGGUUUGAUCUAUUUAACUGCAUCUGAGGUAGAGCAGACCUCAAAGAAGGCAGUAUUUCACUUUGGGUGGGGGGGGUGCUAUCUUUCAUUUUAAGUAGGCAGUUCCACAAUUGCAGAUUAGUAGCAUUCUCUCAUCUGUGAAAAACUAUAGGAAAUUACAGCCCCAGAAAUGCGAAGGCAAGCUAAAAAAAAAAAAGCCAAACGUUGACACAUUGCAGCUCUUUAGGGACAACAAUUUGCAGCCUCUGACCUCUUGGCCCCUUUGGCCCAUUAAUGACAAGUCACUUGCUCGGAGUACGCUAAAAACAUCCCCUGCAAUUAUGAGCAUAAUGAUAUGCCUGGAAGGCAGGCAUGCCAGAGAUGAGACUGAGAUCUAUGUUGUGAUGUGCCUGGCUGAGGGUAAAGUCUAACUGGCCAAUCGAUCUCCUUUCUCCGUUCAAUACUGCUUCUCCAGUUGACCUCCUCACCCCUGGGUCUCCUGGGAGGUUACAGUUCUUCCCAUCAAUUAUGGCUCGCUGUUUCUAUGAAGUAACCAGGGUGGGGAUGUGGGAAUAGGAUGUUCUUUGCUUUAUUAAGGCUCUCAGGGAAGUUUUUUUUUCCGUUUCAUCAAGAGACGAUACAAUACCGAAUACCUCGUUGAAAAUGACCGUUUUCUUUUUUUUUUCCUUCUCCACUUUCAGACCUCCAAAUAUAAAGCAAAGUCAUAAGAUCUGAGUUUUCUAGCUCUAUACCUACCAACUCUCCCUUUUUGCUUAUUCUUCACAACAGCUGGUAUGUCGGUCAUGUCUAGAAAGUUGUUUUCUGUGACCUGAAUUCUGCAGUGAGCUUCAACUCAGUUUGCUGCUGGUUAGCACUGAUAGCCUCCCACUCGUUCAACCUUCAUUAAAGUGACUCCUAUUCAGUUAGUCAGCUCUGGGUUUUUAAAGUUCAGCCCUGUUUCCUGCAACGCUUUCCAUUUGCAGCCUGUGUGUUUGGAGAAAAGAUCCCUUUGUCCAGUUCACCGGGUUCAGCAUUGUAUCCACAACAUUAGUGCAAAUUGGCUUGUGAAUAUUGUCUUUAAAAAAGCAGCAGCAGAGAGCUGUAUUAAAGGAAAUUGUAAGGCUUUUGAUUUUAUAAAGGCCUUGUAUUGUCUUUGUUGGGUGCCGUCUUCUCAGUGGACACAUCUCCCAGACUGCACUGCUUCCAGUUGUUCUCCUCCGUAAGCAACCUGCAAUUCCAUUUCCUGUCUUGACUCUUCAUUAUCUCCAAAAGCUGGAUAUUUCUUAUGCAAGACCGUACACUAAGACGCAGUGGUUAAAAAUGAUGCCACAAGACUAACCAUGACGGAUCUCCAAGUCCACUGGACUCUUUCCAGAGGCCAGUUGAAUUGACCUUAUCUGACCAGUAGAGCUUGAGUGUUUGAGGGACAGCCCUUCAGUGUUUUGGCUUCCCGAUAUUGUGCGACUGCAGAUACAUGAAAUGGCAGGGGGAUGCCACACUGUAACCCGCAUUGUGGUCAGUAACGACCCCUUCAGCCCCAUCACACUCCAGUUUCCACACAGCUGGGGAACAUGAAGGCUGUUAAACAGGCUUACAAUAUGAGGACCUGUUAAAGUCAAACUGUUAUAGUGAGUGAUUGCUACUUGAAAGGUCAGUGGUGCCGUUUUUUAAAAUAGUUUAUGCAAAUUAAUUCACAGUGGACUAUUGAGGUACAAGCUAAUUUUUUUAUUAAUCCUCUGCGAUGAAAUUGCCCUUACUAACCAUUCAAGCAAAAAUGCUCAAUUUAGUCUGUACUAGCAAAAUAGAUGUGAACAAUAAAGCAUUUGAAUGUGGUUGCUUUUAAAUGAAAUUACAGAAACAUUUCUGUGUCUAUAGGCAAUCAUGCUAAACCCCUUCCUUCAGAGAGAGCACAGGGAAACCUAAAGAGCUCUUAGUUUGUAUUUCAGGUAAUUAAAGAAAGUACAAGUUUGUGUUCAGCAAAAAGAAUUUGCUCAAUGGCGUGAUUAAUUCUUUUGUCAGGUAAGAGGAGUUGUGACUGUCUCCCAUGGUAAAAAGACUAACUUCAAAGAUUAGAUUUUGACGUUGGUGCAGGCUGUUAGCCCUUUUGAAAGGUUCACAUCUGAAAGGUUCUUGCUGACUGGCAAUCGCAAUGUGUUUGAGUAUAAUUGGGGAAAAAAUGGAAUAAUUGCUGCUGGUCAUUUACUUUAUAUGGGACAUGGAUACCUUUUUUGUAGAAGAAGUAAGCAUGCUUUUUAUUUUGGGGAUGGAUAGGUUUUUCAGAGAGAUUGAGUCUGGGGGGGAAAAAUAACCUCUCUAUUUAGCCUUACCUAAAGACUAACGAAAGUUUGUGCAAACUUCUAACUAGUUCAGGUAGAUUGUAAAUUGCAGGGACAACCAAAAUUUUAAUGUUGGUUUUAUUGAUAACGAUGUAUCAGCCUCUAUAGUUGAGAUGCCUUAUGCUGUGACAAUUCCUGUUUAAAUCGCCCAUAAAUAAAAUGAUGUAUUCUACCCUU